CAAUUGGGUUAGGUACACAACUUUAGGAGGUAGAUAGGUACCUAGGUAGGUACCUAAUCUAGAGGUACGUGUAGCGAUCAAGUACCUCAGGUACCUACAAUAAUCAUAAACGUCGCAAUGCAUUCAUCAACUUAAAUAAAUUCUAUACCAGGUAAAUUAGAAAGGCUCAUUUCUUCAGCUUUCGGUUUUUUUUUUUCAAAGUCCAUAAUAUCUCGUCGCUCCUUUUCCUAGGUUAUGUACCCAAGGUAAACAUGUCUUCUACAGCUUUAUCUUCGCAGCAGUUAGGGGCCUUAGUCGACAUCCUCGUUCAUCACGAGACUUACUCGGAAGCCGAGAGCUUUAAGUAUCCCGAAUCUAUCGAGAAAUAUGGCUAUCCGUUUUGCCUCCAAACGAGUAAUGGAGGUAGAGCUGGAGGUAGAGCUGGAGGUAAAGAUGGAGGUAGAAAUAGAGGUAGAAAUGGAGUUGCUAAAUCAUCAUCUCCAUUGCUGCAGCUGCUCCUUACCAGGCUAAUUCUUCCCAUCCCCGGUGUAAGAGAUCUACCCCCAGAGUUUUGGAGUACCAAGUUCCGAAGUAUAAUGAGAAGAUUUGGCGAAGCAGACCUGUCAGAAAGCUACGAUAAAGGGACGUUAGGAAGUAGGAAACGUCUAGCGUCGGCCGCCUCAGUUAUCCAUGAAUGCAUCACCAGGGGCUUAUUAAACGGCAUACCUAAUGAUGAGUUACCAAACCUGCAGAGCCAAUAUGACGCCCGUAAAGCAGAAGACAUUUCUAAAGCCUGGGAUGAUGUUGUCCAGCAUUUGGUCUAUGGGAACCUGAUUGACGAGUUAUUUGAUCACUUUACAAAGACUGCAAAUCUCGAGGAUCAUUCGCCAGCGGUUGAUGCUGCCGUUAAUUUCGCUAUCAUCUAUAUUGCUACGUUUCUCCACCACCUUUUUGUUCUUUCAGCAGAAGGCCCCUAUUUACUCAAGUUGAUCAAUAACAUCCAUGGCUUGAUCCCGUACUCAGUAAUCGGUCAAACACUGCGCGUUGGGAAUGCCGGAACCAUGAUUAAUGCUAUGGUGAGAUUAUUCUUAGCAAAAGUCAGUGUCGGCGCCAUUUCGAAUUGGCUUGGAUUGACGCAGAAUGCUUCAGAUGGGAUGAAUCUCUUACAAAGGAUAAUAUCUCUAGUGUUAGAAUGGGAUACCGGAGAAUUUCGUAAGGCAAUUGACAAUAUCAAACGAAGCAAAGAUGGUCCCAGCGAAUCGUGCCUAGCCGCAAUCGAUGAACACCUACAGGCAUCUCGGGACCAACACGAAUCGUCUCGUGAAUUGAGCAAGCGGGAUGGAAAGUCCAUAAUCGUGGCUAUUUUGGCGGCCAAGGACGAGUCCUUACUAAAAUCGCUUACAGAGGAGCAGCAUGCUCAAUGCUUACAAUAUUACUCAGCUCAGCUUGCGAUCAGAGAUAGGGAGAAAAUUACGGAGGUCCUCUGUCGCCAAACUCCCGACCUAACUACGACUGUUAUACGGGACGUGGUAUCAGUCUUCGAACCUAUGAUUCGGGACAUCCAUAAGAAUGUGGACAUACGGAAACAUCUCAGUUCCGUCGAGAGCUUUUUGACGGACUUAAUAGAGACAAGCAAGCCGAAGGUACGAGAAAACGGAAAAUUACAGAACAGCACUGCGCCGCCAUCCGUUGAAGACUACGUUGCUUUAUUGAAACGGAACCGCCACCUAGCCUAUGAGUAUCUGCAUGACUUCGCGGAUGGCUGUCCUGACUUGCGGAAGACGUGGUUGGACUGGGCUAAACAAAGUCUAGAAACUUUUCGGCGAACUCGUAAAGGCAAAGGUCUUGGCGAGCCUGGAGAAAUAUAUAGGAAUCUACAGGACCUAUUUAGUGGACUUCCGCCCGACCAGCAGACUAGCGUUAGGGAGUCCAUCAAUGAUCACGUCAAGUAUCUCUCUACAUCAGAGGAAGUAUCAAUUAUGCGGAUGCAGGAUAUUAUAGAUGUCCUCGCUGCUUACGAAAAGAAGGAAAUGUGUGGGAGUAUGGGUGGACCAGGAGUAUACAUAACGCGCUGGCACUGCCUAUUGGACGAGACCAUCGUCACACCAAACACACCCAACGGUCCGCCCAGGAGGGGAAAAGAUGUCAAGGGAUUAAAGGCCCUUGGAAAGACAGAGGCCAUCGCGAAAACUGAGGCUUGGGAUCCGGAUGCUCUGACGCGACAGGAAGAGCAGGCAUGGCCCGAACCCCCUGAUGUGUCAAUCGUUGUCAACACACUUGGCCCUCAAUUCAAAACUCUAAUUGCUGACAUCGCCAGCGCAGGUCUACCGUGUAAGUAGAAACGGUACCGAUUCAGAGGCUUACUAGGGGAGUAAGGGAGGUGCAUAUAAGCGGGAUAUAAUAUGGGUGGAAGUACCACUGAAGACUAAAGGAGUAAUAUAACAAGGGCAUAAACAUACAGCGUAGGUGUAGGAUAAUUGCAAUAAUAUAAUUAGAGGUUAUCUUGCAUUAGACAUUGAAGACAAAAUGCGCUGAAAGAUAUGGCUACCUAGAGUGGCUGUGUCAUGACGAGAUGUGAUGGCUGACGCAAAUG